AUGCGAUCCUGCCUCGUCGGAUGCGUCCACAGUGCGCUGCACCACGGCGGCGAGGCAGUCGCACCGUGUCCAGCUCCCACUCACCUCCACAGCCUGGGAGUGUGGCACCGCGACAGCUGCACAGCAUCGCUCGGCCCACGCGCAUCAUCGAAGGAUGCUUCUGCCCACCUGGCCGCCAGUCCAGCACCGCUGCGGAGGAUCAUUGGAUUCCGCGCACCACACAGCACGAACGCCUCACGCGUCUCCGGUAUAUUGAGGGCGUGCGUGGCGCAAUCUGCUUGGAAGCCAUGCCGUCGUCAAUACAUUGGAAGGCAGCGACGACCAUUUCUCUGCCGGGAGAUGCCGUCCUCAACGGACUGCGACGCGUCCGCCGCCACAUGGAGAUCUCCCCGCGCCACAUCCACGCCCCACAUGCUGAGCACCGCAUUGUUGUCUGGGGCACUGUGA